UGUAGAAUUGAAUGAAUUUAUAACACCACUUGAUGUUGAAAGUAGUGAUAGUGAAAAAGAUAAAGCCAACAUACAAGAAGUUCGUCUGGUAUCUGGGUCAACAUAUAUGCUGACACAAGAUGAAGAAUUAUGGGUUAAGGAAUUACCUAAUCAAGUAGAAGAGUUGUUAAAUCAAGGUCUUGAUCCAUUAGCUGACAGAGGGACAUGGAGAAUGAGACAUGCUAAUGCUUCUGCAGUGAAGUCGAGAACUUCUAAAUCUGAAGAAGAAGGAGCUCGUGCUGUAACUUUAAGAGUGCCACAUAAUGCUGCAGUUCAGGUGUAUGAUUAUAAGGAAAAAAAAUCUAGAGUUGUAUUUGGACCUGAUCUUGUAAUGUUAAGUCCUAAUGAGCAGUUUACUCAGCUCUGUCUUUCUGGUGAUAAACCUAAACGACCCAAUGUUAUCAAAACUCUGUGCUUACUUCUUGGGCCUGAUUUCUGCACAGAUAUCAUUACAGUAGAGACUGCAGAUCACGCACGUCUUUCUUUGCAAUUAUCAUACAAUUGGUAUUUUGAUGUUGGUGAUAAAAGCCCUAAAGCUGCAGCCAAAUUAUUCAGUGUUCCUGAUUUCAUUGGUGACCUCUGCAAAGCGAUAGCUUCUAGGAUUCGAGGAUCUGUAGCUGGAACAAAUUUUGAUGAUUUCCAUAAAAAUUCUGCUAAAAUAAUACGCACCGCAGUAUUUGGUUUGGAUGAGAGCAAAAAAGUUCGAAAAACUUUCUGCUUUCCACAGAAUAAUUUGUAUAUAACGAGUGUUGACAUUCAGAGCGUAGAACCAGUUGAUCAAAGAACACGAGAUUCGUUGCAAAAAUCUGUUCAGUUAGCUAUCGAGAUAACAACUCAAAGUCAAGAGGCCACUGCUAGACAUGAAGCUGAAAGAAGGGAACAAGAAGCUCGGGGACGUUUAGAGCGUCAGCGCAUAUCUGACGAAGUAGAAGCGGAAAAAUCUCGAAAAAGUUUGCUCGAGUUGAAAGUAAGUAGUAUGGCAAUAGAAAACUGUGGGCAGUCUAAAGCAGAAGCUCUUAGUCGUACAGAGGCACAGAGAAUAGAAGCAGAAGCUGCAGUAGAACAGGCAAAGGCAAAAGCUGAAGCUCUGAAAAUUGAAGCAGAAACAGAAUUAGAACGUCUGCAAAAAGCACGUGAAGCAGAACUCAAUUACCUAAAAGCGCAAAAUGAGCUUGAAGUUUUAAAAUUGCAGCAAACUGCAGAGAUUGAAGUUAACAAAUUCAAACAUAUUGUUGAAAGUCUAGGAAGUGAUACUAUUAAAUCUAUUGCAUCUGCUGGACAGGAAUUUCAGGUCAAAUUACUACAAGGUCUUGGCAUACAGUCUGCUCUUAUUACUGAUGGGAACACUCCCAUAAAUCUAUUUGGAACAGCUCAAGGUUUUCUUGGCAACGCUUUGGAAGCUUCACUUCCUUCGAAAAGGCAACGGAGAGAUAGCUGUUCAGAUUAAUUCUUUUAUUGUUUUAGCUUUUGUUGCCAUAUUUUUUUACCAAAAUGCUGAUAUCUCAAUCAAAAAAUUUAUUCAAUGCUAAAUACUAUCUGUUAAUAAAUUAGCUUACUUUUAGUUAGAUAAACCAUGUUUGCUGAUAAAAUGCUGAUGGUAUUUUUAUAUAUGCUGUAUGGUAGUUAUUCAGUGGAUUGCUUCAGAAUGCUUUAACAGUAUAUGCUGUAUUUUGCAACAGAUUCCGAGCCAAAAUUGAGAUUCAGUGCCAAAUUGCAACGAAAGCAAAAUUUUAUGAAAACCUAUGUAAAUUCUAUUCUAAAUUAGAAAAAUGUCCAACCCUGCUCUAGAUUAAAUUUUGUGUUACAUUAAUGAAUAUGAAGCACAAGUUUUUCUGAAAUGGAGUGUGCAAGUAGUAUUAAAAAAUAUUAAAAAUCUGGGAGAUAUUUUUAUAAAAUUGGUGUAUGUUUAGCGAAAUUUGCACAAAAUAAAGAGAAAAUUUUAUGAAAAUAUAUGAUUAGUGAUAAAAUCUGAGUAAUUUAUAAAUUUCUUCAUACUAUUAUGUUUUUGGAUUUUGUAAUAUUUCAUUUACUGUGCAAGAUGAUUUUCACAAUCUUGGUUCUGAGUCUUUUUUUUUUUUUUUAUCAUAAUAUUUUUUACAUAUUAUGUAUGUAACUAUACGCUACUUGUUUAACAUAUAAAUUUUAUGAGAUGAAAUCAAAAUGUUUUUUUAACUUCUAUGUUUUCAUUUAAUUGUUAUGUUUUGCUUUGAAUUUAAAAUUUUUGAUAGCAUUUAACGUGUGUGAAUAUUGACUGUACCUAAUUGUGCACUGAUUUCAACUGCUGCACUUCUUAAAAUAUUAUUGCUUUUUAAUUAGGUUUUUUCUUGUAAUAAAGUGUUAACUGGCUAGGGAGAAUCUUAAGCUGUGUUAGUUUUAAGUAAAUUGAAAUUGGCUUAGAAAAACAUUCCACUGAAAUCUGUUAUUCUAUACAAUUUUGCAAUAAAAAUUGGAAAUAUAUUUUUAUAGUUGUAUGUUAAUGACAGUAUGCACAGUAUAUUAAAUUUAUAAGAGAUUAUUUUUACUCAUGUGAUGCUAUGUUGUAAAUUGAUUUAAAAUGAUUUCUUUUUAAAUCUGUGAUAUAAAUUAAAAUUAUGAUGAACUAUGGAAUAACACUGAUUUUUGCAAGCUUUAGCACUGUAUUAAAAUACAGUUCAUGAGUAUACAUCUGUAUACCUUUAUUUCUUGUUUAUAAUUUGAUGUUAUACACAAAAAACUGUGGUACCUGCUUUAUUCAACCAAUCCUUGUGCAAAAUCGACAAGUAUUGACAAUUAAUUUUUCACCAGCCCAACGUGUAAAAAUCACUAGCCAUUUUAAAAAAUGGUGGUGCAUUGAAUAUUACAUAAAACAGCAAUGAAUUGAUGAAAUUAAAAAUCCAAGAAACAUUAAUAAAACACAAAAAAUUAAAUAAAACAAACAUCCAUAAUGAAACACUGAAAAUUACACAACUACAAAUUAACUAAAUUAAAAAUGCAGAAAACAUCCACAAUAAAACACUUCAUUUUCUGUUUUCCCAGUCUUUUUGUCCACAUUAAAAGUUAUCUUUUUUAAAUUAAAAAUCAGAGGAUUGUAGAAUUCUUGGCAUCACGAAGCAAAUUGGCACUUCUAUCCAUGCACAUACCGACUGGAUUUACCUUUAAAAAAAAAAAAAAAAAAAAGUCUAGCUUCAUGGAAUGCGUACUCCUGCAGUCCACUACUAAGGGAAAAUACCAUUGUUUCUGGGGAGGGCGAAUGCAAUACUUUCUUUUCCAUCUAGUAGGCAAAUUCUGCAGUGGCAUUAUGUUUUGUUAACAAAAAAAGAAACUUCACACACUAUUCACAACAAAGAGAAACUACUAACAUGACCCUCGAAUUUCAAAACUGUGCACAUUGCCAGCGCUACUGAGGUAGAUGGGUUGCAUUACUUUCUGCCAUAACCCUUAGUAGAUUGCCGGAUAAAUAUAUUUUUAUUAAAUUUUAGGUUGUCUACUUUAGCGACAUAGUGCUUGCUCUAUGAUUUUGUAUCAGGGUUGGCCGAAUAAUCCAUUAGUACUACAAUUAUUUUGAAAAGUUGUUACAUAUUUUAUUCAUUUAAAAUUACUGUACCUGUUCUUUACGGCAAUAUGAUAGGAUAUUCGUUUGAUAUCCCUUACUUAAAAUUUUGUAUUCCUUACAAUGUUUUCUAGUCAGGACUAGAGAAUGCAAUGUGAUAUUAUUGUGAUUAUAGUUGUAUAUUUUCUGUUGCAUUGUGCCUGUGGAUUGAAAGGUGCAAUAUUGGUAGAUUGUUUCAUAUUUUCUAAGCUGAUAAAAUUUAAAUAUGCAUUAAAAGAAAUUUAUAUAUUUUGUUUAAAAUUUAAAAAUACUUUUAGACAUGUUAUAAGCAUUUUAUUUUAAAUUAAAACUCAAACUGAAGAACUAAGAUGUAUGAAAACUGGUCUUAAGAGCAUAGCUGCACUUUCUAGUGCUUUUGUAGUUAGAUAAAUAGAUUAAAUUGUUUCUUUUUGAAAAAAUAUGGAAAGAACUUCCACGAGACAUUUUUCCUGCCUGAGGAAACUUCAUUAUGUCUCAGUUUUAGUUCUGCAUAUCUUGGGCCCUCUGCCAAGCAAUAAAAUUGCUGAACACUGGUAAUUCAACUUGGAUUCAAGUCUCAGGGAAUGGGUGUUUUCAUGGUUUCUUCCAUGUAUAGCAUGAAUGUAAGCUAGUUUUACUUAAAAGGUCCUCUGCAAAAGCAUUUUUUAUUGAAUACUGUAUGCAAGUUAAAACUGUGUUGGAAAUUUGCUUUGGGAUAUUUCAAACUAAUUGUAGCUAUUUCUUGUAAAAUCUUAUUGAAUAUGAAAUUGUCUUCUUAAUUAUUAAUAUCAUUCAUUCACUGAUCUUCGCAGAGGAAUUAAGGAAGUUGCAGCUUCUCUGAUUGUCCAGUUUUAAAGCACACUAAUUAAAAAAAAAAAAAAAAAAAAAAAAAAAAAAAAAAA